CAGCUCACGGUCGAACCAGAGGAGGAAACUACUUCACUGAAAGUGUCCCCUAUUUUACAUUCCCAAAACCCCCGCCCCUCCUCCUCCCCUGUGCGGCUCCUGCGGCCGUGCAUACCGGACCCCACCCCCAUUGUUGAGGCUGGUUGGUUGAGAGUGGCUUUUCCUGUUGCAGAGUGGCUGGGGCUAAGCGACGUGGACCAGCGCCUCUACGCGUUGGAGCGCCUGGAGGAACUGGUGACGCUACCGGACGAGGAGGAGACCCCCAUCUCGGUACCUGUCCCCCCAGCAGCAGCAUGAGCAGUAGAGCCCAGUGAGAGCAGCCACACAGGUAGGUGACCAGGGGGAGAGAGUAGGAUAAGUCUAGGUGGAGAAGGGGUUAUGAAAUCACAGAGGUGGGGGGGUAGAGGAAAAGUUAACGAGCAGAUUUUAAACGAGCCAGUACAGUAUGACUGAGUUUUGAUUUCAAGCAACCUAACAAUUCUGCUGGCACAGUAGUAGUUUGACCAUUUAUUGAAUUUGAUUGAGUAGAAGUAGACGAUUCUGAAUGCCAAUGUUAUUUCAUAAUGUAGCAUAAGUCAGAGUAGAGACUACUAUGUGAAAGUAAAAUGAGUUAAGAAACGCCCCCGCCUGCUCGGGGUCCAGUGUGCUGCCUGCCUGCCUGUGUCAGAUUCCCUGCUUUCUCUGUGUGUAUACAGGACGCAGGCAGGCAGGCAGGCAGCAACCUUUAAACAAGCCAUAAAUCACUGUGUCUCGCCAUGUCAUACCAGUGGAUCCUCCAUUUCUCUCCACAUUUAUUUUCAGUUGUGUGUUUUGUUUUGUUUCUGUUCCAUCCUCCAUUUGUCCAUUGUCCUGGUUGGUACUAGUUGGUUCUGAAGAGGGGGAGUCAAAGAAAGGAGAAGAUUUGGGGGAAGAGCGGCAGGAAAUAGCAGUCGAAGUAUGUUGAGGAGAGUAUACUACCAUUGUGAUAUUCAUUUUUUUUCUCUCUUUUCCUUCUUCGACUUGGAAGAGAGCCCCACGAGCGGACAGACCCAAAGCUGACUUUUUUAUAUAUAUUUAUUUACCACAGAUGUUUCGGAAAAAAGCUUCAUCCUCCUUGAGAAUGAGAAGAAUAUCAGAAAGCAAUAGAUGUAAUAAUUUCACCUUCUUCAUUACUUUGUAGAUGGUGCCUCUUUAACCACUAGAUCUCUUUAAUGGCAUUCAAGGUUGUCAGUGGAAACCACUCCAUAGAACCCAGUUUGAAAUCCCCCCAAAAAACAUUGACGAAGUCAGUUUCAAAAGAACUCCUUCAUCUAGUGAAGCCCUUUAAGCGUAACGCUUGCUUGUGGCUUUUUACUGGAUGUAGUUAAAGCGUAAAUUUUAACUCUCCGGAAAUGAGUGUGUUUGAUUUAGACCUGCGGGCAUGUUAUCUAAUUCACAGCUAACAUGCCCUGGGUGGUUUCUACUUUGACUUUGUAUGUUUUUACUAAAACCCAUUUGCCUUCCCCUACUGUAUGAUUGUCAUAUGUCUACCAAUCACAAUGCCUAGCUUGGGAUAAAAGAGUUUUGAUUUUCGAAUCAACGGUUUUGCUUUCUGCAAAUUAUCUGCUGGGUAAUGAUAAAAAUAGUUGGGUGUAUAAAAAUGGUCAUGAUUCAUUUAGACAAUAGUAGUGCACACUGCAUGUUGACAGUAAUAAUCAGAUGUUCUCUCCUGUCCUGCACAAGGGGAGUGGGGUUACAGUAUACGCACCUGGGUGGUCCUAAACGCUCUGACUCUGGGAUUUAGUACCAUCUAAUCGGUUGAUUUGGGUGACCAUCAAUUUGGCCUGACUAUAAGUCAGUAUUUCUGCUGACGAUGGUGUCAUAUAGUCAUAUUUGUCAUUUGGCUCCAAAAGGCCUUGGAAACCGAUACUUGUAAGCACCAAAUUUGGCCCCGAUGAUAUACCCUCCAAUGCUACCCAGCUGUCAAAGUGUUAAGAGUUUUGGUUUGAGGUUUCUCAGAGGAUAGUGGUGGUUCAGUUCCUUUCAUUGUUUUCAUCUCCAUUCUGUAUUUCACCUUAACAUCACUCAUGUCUAGUGUUCAGUAUGCUCAGCUAUGACUCUCAUGAUGAGUGUUGGGGGUGGUUGGUAAAGGGCUUGUGUGUUCUCUGACUUUGUCUCCUCUCUCUCUCUCUCCCCCCACAUUUCUCCCUUCUUUCCCCCCUCUCCAUCUCUCCCCACCUGCCUACCCUAACGCCUCUCUCCCCCAUCACCUAUCUCCCUGUUUUCACCCUCUCUCCAUCUCAACCCCUCUCUUCAAUCCCUUCUUCGACUCAUCCCCCUCCUCACCUCACCCACCCUCCUUCGUUCCACCCUACCCUCUCCCAGGGAACAUCGAUCGCGGGCGCAGCUCAUCCUUCCAUGAGGUGCGUGGUCUUCGGGAAGCUGAGAUGAGGCCGGUGGCCGACGAAACGUCCAGCAGCAGCAGCGGCAGCAGCAACACCGUCCUACAGCGACUCCUACAGGAGCAGAUGCGCUAUGGUGAGGGACGCAACUACCAGCUGGCCAUGCAGCAACAAAAGCAACAACAACAACAGCAGCAGAGGCAGCAGCAGGAGGGAGGGGUGAGCGGGGGAUACCCGGGCCAGGGAGGCCCCAACGACGACCGGCACGACUCUAUGGUGCCCCACAUCGCCCGACAGGAGCCUCAGGGACAGGAGCUGCAGGCAGACAGUGGCAUGGAGAAGCUGGGCUCCCGCGGUGGGGGUAGUAGUGGAGGAGGAGGAAUGAGUGGUGGUGCAGGAGGGAGCGGCCAGGGUCCCAACCCUGAGGACUUACCCACCUACGAGGAGGCCAAGGUGCAGUCACAGUAUUUCCGGGGCCACCCGCACCACCAGCAACAGCAACAUCAACAACACCAACAUCAACAACAACAACAGUUGCCUCCGUCGGUGGGCGCGGCAUUUUACGUGACGGCCGCAACCAACAACGGCAAGGUGCGUACAGAGGGGCGUCCCACGGUGCAGCGGCUUAGCACCGGGGGCAAAGUGCAUCAGGACGACGGGCUCAAGGACCUGAAGCAGGGCCACGUGCGUUCCCUCUCCGAGCGCCUCAUGCAGCUCUCGCUGGCCACCAGCGGGGUCAAGGCCCACGCCCCCAUCACCAGCGCCCCCCUUUCCCCCCAGCUUCCCCCUCCCGGUCCCCCGGGGGACUACUACAAGCCUUCGGGCCAGCACCGGGGCCCCCCACCUGACUACCCCUUCAAGAACAUGGGCUCCCCUUCCAAACAGCAGCCGCAGCAUCAGGAGCAAGGUGGGCACUAUUACCAGGAACAUCGGCCCAGGGAGCAGGGCAGGAACGAGGUGCCACACGUCCGCUACCAGCCUCCGCCAGAGUACGGCUCCUUCAGGUGAGUAAGAUAAACACACCGCCCCCCGUACUGACUCACUGUGUGUCUGACUGUCCGAGGGAACAUCCUGUCUGUCUGAGCACUGUUACUGUAGUAUCAAACUUUAAUUUCAUGUUGUUGAUGUGACUACCAGAACUUAGCUAAAGAAAUCUAAUACCAUUGUCUUGUUCAGUUGAAUCACGCACUCCUGACUCAGUUGAGAAACACACACACUCCCCGAACAUGGCCCUAGAGAGACCGACUGCCCCGUGUCUGCUGGCUAAGGAAUGUCUAUUUACUGCAUUUAUUUAAAGUCUCUGUUGGUGUGCCGUCCAAAGCUUCAUCAAUUCACAUACCUGCUGCAUCUUGAGUAGGAUUGGACGGUAUCCAGAUUUCCAUACCUUCAUACCGUGCCUGUGCAAUCCAGGGAUAUAUGGUAAUUACUGGCAGUGCACACAAGGGGCAAAAAAAACAUUUCUAACGUAAAUAAAGUUUAAAAAAACCAGAAUGCUAAAGAAAUGCAAAUAGUACUAAGGAAUUUGUAUAGUGAAUGCUAGGUAAAUGCUAACGAGCGCGUGCAAACAUUAACUACUAAAGCUUACUGUAUGCUUCCCAGUCUAAACAGUUUGCUCAUAUAUUAUUACAAAAUUGUGACGUUUUGGUGUUUGGCAGGUUUUUUUUGGGCUGUUCGAACAAACAAUUUUUUCUUGAGGUAGCCGAAGUUCGGUAGCCGAAGUCUACGCCCCUUCGUCUGUGUUUGGUCAACAGUAGGGAUUCUUUAAUUAAGUGUUUUUUGUCAUUCAACGACAGACAACUCGUUUUCAUGCACAUUUUAAAACUUGAUAUACUGCACCAAACAUCUUAGUUAGAUGUAAAAUUGCUUGACUAAGACCUUCUCGGGGAAAAAAAGUCUAAAUGAAUGACAGAUUUCUUGGUUUAUCUUAGAUUGAUUAUGACUUUUGAGGAAGUGUUAUUGUAUGUUGUUCUAUGGCGUCUCAAGAGGGACAGACAUAUUGGCGCUUUUUUCUUGUUUUUCAAGCAAAUUACUUUUUAAGGGAGUAUGCGAGGCAGAGACGUUUGCUUUGUCUAGCCGACUUCUGCUAGGAGUAAACCGAACCUAGUAUGCGGCUGCCUUAAGACAGACAACCCAGCUCAUAAAGUUACGCAAGUAUCUCAAAACGCAGUUUGCAGCACGCAGAAAACCAAUAUUAGACAGCACAGCGCAGAUCUUAAUCCAGGAGGGCAUUGUUUCUGCUGCUGUUACCAAAAAGCUUGAUCUGUCAAGCUAACGUUAGCCCACUUAGCUAACAUUAACAAGUUAGCAAAACCCAGCUGGAGAGAAUUUAUUUGGCACAUCUUACAUAGUUAACUUAAUAAUUAUAAGAUAUAUAGCUGGCAGACAUUAGUAGUGAUUUUCAUGUAACUUCAUCACCUUACAGUGCCUUCAGAAAGUAUUCAUACCCAUUGACUUAUUCCACAUUUUGCUGUGUUACAGCCUGAAUUCAAAAUUGUAAAAGAUAAUCAUCCAUCUACACACAAUACCCCAUAAUGACAAAGUGAAAACAUGUUUUUAGAAAUGUUUGCUAAUUUUUUGAAAAUGAAAUACAGAAAUAUCUAAUUUACACCCCUUUGCUAUUACACUCCAAAUUGAGUUCAAGUGCAUCCAAUUUCCUUUGAUCAUCCUUGAGAUGUCACUACAACUUGAUUGGAGUCCACCUGUGGCCAAGUCAAUUGUUUGGACAUGAUUUAGAAAGAAACACACCUGUCUAUAUAAGGUCCCACAGUUGACAGUGCAUGUCAGAGCAGAAACUAUACCAUAUAGAGAGAAUUGUGAUGAGGCAUAUAUCUGGGGAAGGCUAUAAAACAAUUUCUAGAGUGUUGAAAGUUUCCAAGAGCACAGUGGUCUCCAUCAUUUGGACAUUGAAAAAAAUAUGGAACUACCCAGACUCUGUCUAGAGCUGGCCAUCUUACCAAACUGAGCGACCGGGCAAGAAGGACCUUGGUCAGGGAGGUGACCAAGAACCCAAUGAGCUCUCUGACAGAACUAGAGAGUUCCUUGACUGAGAUGGGAGAACCUGCCAGAAGGACAACAGUCUCUACAGCACUUCACCAAUCUGGGCUUUAUGGGAGAGUGGCCAGAUGGAAACCACUCCUGAGAAAAAGGCACAUGACCACACGCCUGGAGUUUGCAAAAAGGCACAUGAAAGACUUGGAGAUCAUAAGGCAAAAGGUCUGAUGAGACAAAAAUGGAACUCUUUGGCCUGCAUACAAUGUCUGGAGACAGGCACAGCUCAUCACCCAUCUAACACCAAUUCUACCAUCUAACACCAAUUCUAAGUGUGGUGGUGGCAGCAUCAUGCUAUGGGGAUGCAUUUCAGCGGCAGGGACUGGGCGACUGGUAAGGAUAGAGGGAACAAUGAAUGGAGCCAAAUACAGGAAAAUCCUUGAUGAGAACCUGCUUCAGAGUGCAAACGACCUUAGACUGGGGUGAAGGUUUACGUUCCAACAGGACAAUGACCCCAAGCAUACAACCAAAGCAACUUCAGAACAAGAAUGUGAAAGUCCUUGAGUGGCCCAGCCAAAGCCCAGACUUGAAUCCCAUUGAAAAUCUGUGGAAAGACUUGAAGAUUGCUGUUCACCGCCACUCCCUAUCUAACUUACCAGAGCUUGAGAAAAUCUGCAAGGAAGAAUGGGAGAAAAUCCCAAAAUCCAGAUGUGCAAAGCUGAUACAGACAUACCCAAGACGACUCAAAGCUGUAAUCGCCGCCAAAGGACCUUCUACAAAGUAUUGACUCGGGUGUGAAUACUUAUGUAAAAGAUGAUAAUAUUUCUGUAUUUCAUUUACAAUACAUUUGCAAAAAAAUUCAAAAAACAUGUUUUCACUUUGUCAUUAUUAUGUGUGUAGAUGGGUAAGAUUUUUUUUUAAUCCAUUUUUAAAUUAGACUUUAACACAACAAAAUGUGGAAUAAGUCAAGGGGUAUGAAUACUUUCUGAAGGCACUGUAAGUUCCGCUGCAGGAGUGACUCACCUCACAAAGCGUCUGUUUUGCUCAUUGUGCUUUUUUGUAAACAAACACACGUGACUGGCUAAAACAGCUGUUUGAGAAACUAGUACCAGUAUGCAUCAUAAUGAAAAAUUAUCUAACAGGCAAAAUGAUGAACGCAAUCUGCUUGAUCUAUUACCUAGUGCACAAGUUGACUGCAGGUAUUUAUUGACGGUAUUGGAAAAUCAUACCAAGGGUAUUUCGAAACACCCCGAGAUACGGUAUAUACAGUAUACUGCCCAACCAUAGUCUUGAGUAUUUUUGGACAAGGCAACAUGAUUGAGACCUUCUCUUUAACAUUCCUAGGGGUAAUUUAGUAUUUUACCCUUGAACUCUGUGACCUUCAGUCAUAGUUGGGGUCAUUGCCUACACACACACUGCUGGAGGGCGACUUACCUGUCCUUCAUAUAUCAUCCAGCCUACCUGUCUGCCUACCUACCUGUAUGCCUACCUACCUACCUACCUACCUGUCUGCCUACCUGUCUGUCUGUCUAUCUGCCUGCCUGCCUGCCUGCCUGCCUACCUACCUGUCUGCCUGCCUGCCUACCUACCUGUCUACCUACCUGUCUAUCUACCUGUCUGCCUACCUACAUGUCUGCCUGCCUGCCUGCCUACCUACCUGUCUAUCUACCUGUCUGCCUACCUACCUACCUGCCUACCUACCUACCUACCUACCUACCUACCUACCUACCUAUCUACCUACCUGUCUACCUACCUACCUACCUGUCUGCCUUCCUACCUGUCUACCUCCCUGUCUGCCUCCCUACCUGCCGGUCUGCCUGCCUCUCUACCUGCCUACCUCCCUGCCUGCCUGCUUGCCUUCCUACUUGACUGCCAGGCUGUCUGUUGAGGUGAACAGGUUUAUUGAUUAGCUGGAAGGCUGAGGAGGAAGGCAUGUCUCCACCGCCUGUUGGUUCACACACACACACAGAGCGAGAGAGACACACAGAGAGAGACACACACACACAGAAACAGUUGUCUGGAUAGAAGGGAUAGAGAUCCUGUUCUGCCUGUUUUCCCUUCUGCUUGCUUAUUCGUUUACCUCAAAGUAAAUCACUGGCAAACAGAGAUGAGUACCGCAGAAUUUUUAUCAUCAGCUAAAACCUGUGGCGACAUGAUCGUUUGCUCUCUGAUGACAUCCCUUAUAGACACAGGAAUGUUUGCUUAUUUCCAAAGUGGUUCACAAUUGUUUUUUGUCAGUUGGAAAAUCCCCAAACUUGUUGGCGUAUGGCAGGUGAAUCACCAUAGUAAACGGAUAGUAUCAUUGUAUGUGUUUUGCCUGGUGAUAUGUUUUGUUGUAUACUAAAACAAGCACUAAGAUAGUAUCAUAAUUUAUAUCUAUGGACUGUUGGAGACCCACAUAGUCAUACGGUAAACAAACUAACAUUCCUUUCUUAGUAUUAACCUCUCUGAUUGGCUGUCGUGUCCACAGAUCCAAUAAGGAGAGCUCGGUCCACUCCCAGAGAUCUGUCCAUCACCACAGCCCCACCUCCUCUGUCACCUCUGUGGGCUCUCUGUCCAGAGCCCAGUCCUCCACCCUCAGUAGUCUCCUCAGUGCCUCUCACCCCUCCCACACACCCCCCCACCCACAAGGGGAUCCCUACGCCUCCAUGGGCCCCCGCAGCCCCCAGGGCCCUGGAUCACACCAGGGAGACCCGUACUGCCCUGGGCCCAUUCACCCUCCACUUCAGAGGGGCCACGCCUUCCCACACGACCCCUACGGCUCCACCUCCAGGAUGCACCACCAGCAGCAGCAGCACCACCAAUUUCAACAACAGCAGCAACAACAACAACAGCAGCAGCAACAACAGCAGCAGCAACAGCAACAACAACAACUCCAGCACCAACAGUACCACUCCCAGUCAUCCCAGGGCCACCCUCCCCAGCACUACCCCCACCCCCAGGGGGACCCCUUCACCAUGAUGGCACGCGCCCAGCAGAUGGUGGACAUGCUGUCGGAAGAGAACAGGCUGCUCAAGCAGGAGAUGGUGGUGUGCUCCGAUAAGGUCAACAAGCUGCGGAAGGUAAAAGGGGGGCAAAGGUUGAUUGUUUACACAUGUAAAAUCAAUGCUAGGCAGGGUCACCAUAUAAUCUGUUACAGUUACUAGUUACCUGUCCAAAAUUUUGAUCAGUAACAUACCUUUUGGGUUACCCAAACUCUGUAACGUAAUCUGAAUACUUUCAGUUACUUUUAGAUGACUUUCCCCUUAAGAGGCACAUGUUAGUAGCUGGCAUAGCCAAAAAGUAAUACAAUCUGAUUUUAAACCUAACCCUAACCACACUGCUAACCCUAAUGCCUAAUCCUAACCUUAAAGAAAUCAUACAUUUUUACAAUAUAGACAAUUUUGACUUUGCAGCUGGCCCAUCUAGAGGAAAUCGAUCAGUUCUGCCUCAAGGACAAGACUCAUCCCAAUAAACGUCAACCUACUUAAGAGGCAUUGAAAGAGGACAAAAAUGAAUAUUACCAAUUGAACGACCUCUAUUGCAGGAUAAGUCAAUGUUAGAGUUUACAUAGCCAGCCAUAAAUGGAUGUUGCAUUUUACUUUAUGUGUUGGUUAUGUAGGCUUCUUCUAACCCAUUGCUUUCUACCUCAGAUAAUAAUACGAUUAGGCUAUAUCUUUACAUAAAAAUAAAAGAAAACAGUCUGUCAUUCCAAUUAAUUUAAUACCCCUUGAUCUUCAAGAAUAGGACUUGGAAAUAUAGAUUAGCCAAAUUGUUUUACCUGAGCAUAACCCCAAAACUAAGGACUAAUUAGCCUAGGAUUUUGUUGUCAUGGAGGACUGAUUGGGGCUCAUUGCUUGUAGUUGAAAGGUAAAUGCUGCUCUGAGAAUGGCAUGCUUUGAGCUAUUUGCAUGUGAAAAACUAUACUAAACAAAAAUAUAAAUGCAACAUGUAAAGUGUUGGUCCUAUGUUUCAUGAGCUGAAAUAAAAGAUCCCAGAAAUGUUCCAUAUGCACAAAAAGCUUAUUUCUCUCAAAUUUUGUGCACACGUUUGUUUAAAUCCCUGUUAGUGAGCAUUUCUCCUUUGCCAAGAUAAUCCAUCCACCUGACAGGUGUGGAAUAUCAAGAAGCUGAUUAAACAGCAUGAUCAUUACACAGGUGCACAAUAAAAGGACACUCUAAAAUGUGCAGUUUAGUCACACAACACAAUGCCACAGAUGUCUCAAGUUUUGAGGGAGCGUGCAAUUGGCAUGCUGUGACUGCAGGAAUGUCCACCAGAGCUGUUGCCAGAGAAUUUAAUGUUAAUUUCUCUACCAUAAGCCUCCUCCAACGUCGUUUUAGAGAAUUUGGCAGUAUGUCCAACCGGCCUCACAACCGCAGACCACGUGUAACCACGCCAGCCCAGGAUCUCCACAUCCGGCUUCUUCACCUGCGGGAUCGUCUGAGACCAGCCACCCAGACAGCUGCUGAAACUGAGUAUUUCUCUGUAAUUAAAGCCCUUUUGUGGGGGGAGAACUCAUUCUGAUUGGCUGGGCCUGGCUCCCCAGUGGGUGGGUCUGGCUCCCAAGUGGGUAUGCCUAUGCCCUCCCAGGCCCACCCAUGGCUGUGCCCCUGCCCAGUUAUGUGAAAUCCAUAGAUUAGGUCCUAAUGAAUUCAUUUAAAUUGACUGAUUUCCUUAUAUGAACUGUAAUGCCGUAAAAUUGUUUACAUUUUUGCAUGUUGCGUUUAUAUUUUUGUUCAGUAUAGAUGGUAAUUUUCCAUGAAGAAAAUAAAAGCCUCACUCGUGUUCUUUUUAAAUUAAACUCGUUUUGACAGUAUUGAGCACAAUACCACAGUGGAGUAGAAGCGAGGAACUCAAACUUUUAUUCCAUAGGCUAGAAUCUGCACUAUGCAGCUGUUGCAAGAGCGCAUUUUCACUGGCUGUCCACUGGGAGCAUAUUCAUUACGCUGAUUCUGUUCCAAAACGUUUCUUAAAUGGAAGCAAACGGAACAAAACGGGAACGGAUCUACCUGAAUUUGUCCAAUAGAAACUCUUGUUUUGCUCUGUUUGCUUCCAAUUGAUUCUUAAACGGUUUCCGUAAUGAAUACACCCCUGGUCGCAAAAACAAUGAUUGGGUAUCUGUACUUUACUAUUAUUUUUUUUGACAACUUUUACUAUUAUUUCGCUACAUUCCUAAAGAAAAUUAUGUACUUUUUACUCCAUACAUUUUCCCUGACACCCAAAAGUACUCGUUACAUUUUGAAUGCUUAGCAGAACAGGAAAAUUGUCUAAUUCACACACUUAUCAAGAGAACAUACCUGGUCAUUCCAACUGCCUCUGAUCUGGCAGACUCACUCAAACACCUGCUUCGUUUAUAAAUUAUGUCUGAGUGUUGGAGCGUGCCCCUAGCUAUCUAAAAAAACUAGAAAAUGGUGCCUUUUGGUUUGCUUAAUAUAAGGAAUUUGUAAUUAUUUAUACUUUUACUUUUGAUACUUAAGUAUAUUUUAGAAAUUACAUUUACUUUUGAUACUUAAGUAUAUUUAAAACCAAAUACUUUUAGACUUUUACUCAAGUAGGAUUUUACUGGGUGACUUUCACUUUUACUUGAGUCAUUUUCUAUUACGAUAUCUUUACUUUUACUCAAGUAUGAAAAUUGGGUACUUUUUCCACCACUGAUUGACCAUUAAUUCGCAUACAAGCCGCUGAUGCACAUCUUUGGAACAUCUACAUUGAAAAAAGUCUAAUAAAUCAAUUUAAUAUACACAAUCACAAUAAAUCCAUUAUUUAUUUUAGGCAGGUCUAAAGAAACAUUAUGAUAUGAAGAAAAUGUAUUUCAGAAGAACAGAAUAUGAGUUGGCCUACUGCAUGUUAUCUGGGUAUACACCAUGCCAUAGGCUGUAGGCUAGUUAAUUUCGCAGACAAGAUAUGCUUAUAAUCUUGUACAUUAUUUUAUAUUAUAUGAUUUUAUAAUAAUAAGAAUAUAAUUUAACUUAGCUGAAUAAAAUAGAAAAAAUAUUCUUCCCAUUCCGGAGUGAGCGCUCAUAUGAAGUAGAUAUGUUGAGUGUAAAAGUGAUCAUUUGAAACAGGUCCUAUAUGCUAGAGUUUGAGUUAUUUGGCAACUUUAGUUGUGAAUGAUGCAAACCUUAGAAUGUCUUAGAAAUCAAAACCAUAUAUGGGCUGCAAGAUGCGACUAUAGGCUAUUGAUGAUUUGAAAAAGUUGCAAAAAAAGCUUGUGCUCGGUUCCUUUCCUCAGGCUGCACACUCUUUUUUUCUCAUCAAGUGAUCAUAUUUUCACCUAUCAGUCUUUUCUCAAUUAAAUCUUGCCUUGCUUAAUAUUAGCAGCUGAUAAAUAAAAUAGUAUCAGCUGGGAUCCUCCUCUUUAAAGUGGCAACCAUCAAAACUCUGCUUUCACACGGGAUUGCAUAUAGAAAUGUCUGGGUUUUUAAGAACACUUAUUUCACUCCACGCAUCAAUCACUGUUUGAGAAGCAUGCAGUCUCUCGCUGCGCGACAGGUGGUGAUAUUCCGCCCAGACUCUGUAUGCCAUGGGCUCUCCAACCCUGUUCCUGCAGCUACCCAGUGCUUAAUUUGGGAAACCAAGUGAAAUCUGUUCGGGAACAUCGAUAGUAACAUGUUUUCACAACAAAACAUAUUUCAUUAAACUGUUGACAGCCCCUCUCUCUGCGCACUCAAGAACGGAAUGGAGGAGGAGAUGGAAACGCACAGUGGUGGGUGUUUGAUGUCAUGUUUCGAUUGCAUUUGCAUUGAUGUCCGAGUGGUUAGAAGGACAAUAGAGCGCUGAGUACCAGGACCCGGUUUCCCGAUAGCGAUGGAAUUUAGGCUUACGAGUGUUUUAACUAUGCAUCUUUGCUACAACGGCUGAAGAUGUAACAUGCGUUUCCCAAAACACCACACAGAGAGAAUGUUCGCUAAGUACGUCGUUGAGGCAUGUGUCGAUACCGAAAGGAUCGAAAGAAAGGAAGCACUGCUCUCGGAUCAGCGUUCUCCCUUUCCAAUCUUACCUUAACAUUAUAAUUAUUCCACAAUACUGAUGACGGAUCAGCUCCUAGAGUUAUAUCACAUAUGGCUACAAAUAUUGAGGCAGCUUAUUCUAAUGCUUAAUCAAUAAUAAUGCACUUAAUCAAGAUUUGGCACAUCAUUGUGCACAUUACACAUCAUGUUAAAAAUUUGACAUUAGCCUAUAAAUAGCUAAAAAAAACAAUUAAAUUAACAUGACAUUUAUUUCAUUAUCAUUCUAAAAUAUAGGUCUAUGUAGCCUAUACUGUAUUUAUCUUUUAAUACAGUCAUCUCCGUUUUCAUUUAUAUCCUUCACUUGUUAUGCAAAGAAAUAGGCAACUUUGUAUUUGUAGUCACUGUUACAUUCGUCUCUGAAGUUAUCAGGGUAACAGAAAGACAGAUAAACAUCUUGAUUUUGUGCUUAGCAUAGAUCUUCUGUGUAUAAAGUGACGUGGAAGGGCAAAAAAAGCAUCUGACAACGUACUUAACGGUUCUACGAGUGGUCUGAGGCAGUCGUUAAAGAGCGUUUUCAAGAGCAACUUUAGUAAGGAUAGUUUUUUGAAACUGCUUGGAGAUUUAACGAUGCUCUUAAGGUUCUAACAUGAACAUAGCCUUAAGAUGCUUUUGGUAAACCGAGCUCAGGGCAUUAGCGGCCUGACGGUCGUUAGCGAGUUGGGUACACCAACGCAUGUCCAGAGUACAUAAAAGGAGAUUACGGUGACUCAAUGGUCACGUGGAAUUUGACUGCGGUUAUGACUCAUGACUGCCGGUGUGGCGGUAAUAUGCUCACCGCAACAGCCCUAGGUGCAAAUAGCUAAAUGAGAGAGCAGCCGUGGGAAUCACAUCAAUGCUCUAUGUAGGCAAGCUAUCAAUAAUAAGUGAUAUCCGUAUCACCCGUAGGCUAGACCAUUGCUGUCAUCCUUACCUCCAAGCAUUUAUUCAAAUUGGAUAAUCUUUGGAUGCCGACAGCAGUUGCACCAUUGGAAGACACAUCUUGGACUGUAGCCUACAAAAGCCCAUUCCUGGUCUUUUCCUGCGAUCCCAUCAAAUGCAUUUGGUGUGUCAUCAUAGUGGUCUCUGAUUUGUGAUCACACUGGCUCAGGCGGAACAAAUUUAAGCUUGCGCCUUUUUUCAAUGUUGAAAACAGAAAGGUGUCAAAUAAUUUCUGAAUUUUUAAAACGAAUCCUAGAAGUAAUCAUCUAGUUUUUCAAAAGUAUCUGUAAUCUGAUUACAAUAUUUUUGCUGGUAAUGUAACUGAUUAUAGUUAGUUUUUUUGUAAUCUGUUACAACCCUGAGAGUCACUAUGUUGGACACUUCAUGUAGAUCUGAAACGUUUGGAUGGCUAUAAGAAGUGUGGUUAUAUUUCCACCUUUCCCUCUUCUGCCAUACUGCUUACACCCAUCCAAUCCUUUUAGAUCCACACAAGUGGCUAGGGGUGGAUUUGGAAUUGGGCAUAACUCCCCCCCCCCCCCCCCCCCCCCUCUCUCUCUCUCUCUCCCUGGUCAGUUGGAGACAGAGAUCACGUUGGUGUCUGAGGCCUACGAAAACCUGGCCAAGUCAUCCACUAAAAGGGAGGCUCUGGAGAAGACCAUGAGGAACAAGCUGGAGCUGGAGGUGCGCAGGCUGCACGACUUCAACAGGGACCUCAGAGGUAUUAGGUCACAAUCAGCUGGAAUGUCCAUGGCAUGCAUACAUAUCCAUUAUGUAGGUUACCAGGUCCUGCUGGUCAAAAUAAUAGUUUAAUGUUCAAAGGAUACCUGUUCAUGGAUUUAUGGCAGUAGAUGAAACCUAUUCCAAGCUACAUUUAUAAAAAAAAAAAAAAAAAAACUUUUUAGGAGGUAAGUGUGUGGUUUGUGUCCUUUCUGCAUUAGAUUUGGGAUACCUCAAUAGCGUUGCCUGCAUAUUUGUUCAGUAGUAUUUAUUCAUGUUUAGAAGCUGUGUUUGCAUUGAUUGCACUGGUAUGUUUGAUUUGAAUGGAUUUUCUGAGGACUUGGAGAUAUCCAGCUUUCACCAAUUUCGUCUGGUCCGGUUUAUGAGCAUUUUACAGUGAUGUGAUGUUGAAACUGGUCUUGUUCAUAAUGGUACUACUGUGCAUUGACUGUGGCACAGAGAAAAAGUACUGAGCAAAAGUAAAAGAGCAAUCAAUUGGUUGAUCUGUUAAUGAAUCAAUAUGAUCAAUCAAUGGGAUAUGUUAGUGUUUACAGGCAGUCCAAAGUCUCAACUUCAUACCUUACUAUAAAGAAGACCAAAGACCCUUAGAGUUCCAAUCUUCACUCUCUGUUUCUGUACGAAGUGCUGAGCGGAAGCCCAGUGGGUGGGGGCAGUUUCAUGUCUCUACUUUCUACCUCACUAAGCUCUUCAGUCCUGCAGAGGAAAGAAAAACCUCCAUUCAUGGCUCCCUGCCCAGAUCGGGUCCAUGGCUCCCUGGCUCUCUGCCUAGCCCGGUCCAUGGAGAGAUUCCAUGCUUUUACAACAAAUCGCAAAGAAACCUUUUUUUAGGUCUCUCCUUCCUCUCUUUUUUUCUCCUAUCGUAUUGGCAGCCUUAUACAUGUGAAAUGGAUAUCUCGCUUCACUUUCGUGGGUUUAGGGUAAAUGUAUAUCCCACUCAUUGUUCUGUUUCGAGAAACACAGGGAAUGGAAAUGGAACAUCUGAAUAUUUGUUUCAGGAAUGCUCUCUGUGGAUGUUUCAUGGCCCAGCCUGGUUGACUUAACACUCAACUAAAUAUUAUUUUAACGUUUGGACCAGAAAUAAUGGCCUGUUUUGUUUCAGGCCAAUUUUCUCCUGACUCCAUUAGAGAAUGAGGACCUCCUCCUCUCCCUCUGCGGGGAAAUGUGUGCAUGUGAAGUUAUUGUUUUAUUUUUGUUUUCUCCAUUUUGCCGAGCAACCGGGCCCCAAGGCGUUUUAUGUGCGUGGAACGAAGGCUGGGAUCUUAAGAACUUAAGUUCCACGUCGACUCCGAGUCCAGGCCUAUUAAAUUCUCUUCAGAGGAUUGUGAAUUCCCUCCACCUCCAUAUUCACUUAAAUCCAUGGCCCCUCUGUCUGUAUGGCUACAUUUACACAAUCACAGAGCUGUAUGUUGAAAGUCUGUUUGAGCUGUUUAAUAGCACCAAAAUCCCCAUACAUACCAUGCAUAUCCUGCAUAUUAACUAGAGGAUGACCACAUUGAAUGUGCAACUCUGCAAAGAGUUUAACAGUGUUCUCUUUAAGGAGCUUAAUUCCCCAGUUUGAACAUGUGUCUUGCCAUUUUAUGAUCUAAUUUCCUGCAAAGAUUUGAUUUAUGAGAAUUAGAGCAUAUUUGUGUAUGCCUUUGUGUGCGCGCGCACAAGUUUGCAUGCAUGUGUGUGUUCACACAGGCAUUUGUGUGUGCUCAGAGUGUGUCUCUUUGGCCACUAGACCCUCAGGCUGGCUCUGACCUGACUUUGGCAAUGACAUUCUCUGUUGCAGAGCGAAUGGAAACUGCCAACAAGCAGCUAGCUGCUAAGGAGUGUGAGGGAUCGGAAGACAACCGCAAGACCAUCUCUCAGCUACUCACCCAGAGUGAGUACAUCACUAACACAGCUACCAGGGAACACCAGGCCAGGCCUCUCCAACAUUCUACAUCCACUCUGAACAUACCUCUGUGUGGCCUCAUCAGUUAGGAACAUAACCAGGCAAAGGGUCUGUGGUACAUGUACUGUAGAACACUACAUAUCCACUAGAAAUGUCAUUCAAGUCACUGUUUUUAAAGGUCCAAUGCAGCCAUUUUUAUCUCAAUAUCAAAUCAUUUCUGGUUAACAAUGAAGUACCUUACUGUGAUUGUGUUCAAUUAAAAUGUUUGAAAAUAAACAAAAAUAGCUUUUUAGCAAAGAUACAUUUUGCUAGGACUGUCUGGGAGUGGUUUGAGUGGAGAGGGGAAACCUGAAAACUAGCUUUUAUUGGCAGAGAGGUUUGGAACUCUCUUUCUUAUUGGUCUAUUAACAAAUGUACCGCCUGGUGAUGUCACCAAGCAGGCCAAAACUCCAUCCCACCAAAACAGGCAGAAAUGUCAGGCUGUCUUUUCAAACAGCUCUUACACUAUAAGGGCAUUAUCAUAAUUUUCACAAUUUCACAGUAUUUUUCCAACCUCAUACUGUGGAAAUAUACACUGGGUAUACCAAACAUUAGGAAAACCUUCCUAAUAUUGAGUUGCACCCCCUUGCCCCCGCCCCCGCCCUCGCCUUCAGAACAGCCUCAAUUUGUCGGGGCAUGGACUCUACAAGGUGUUGAAAGCUUUCAACAAGGAUGCUGGACAAUGUUGACUCCAAUGCUUCCCACAGUUGUGUCAAGUUGGCUGGAUGUCCUUUGGGUGGUGGACCAUUCUUGAUACACACGGGAAACUGUUGAGCGUGAAAAACCCAGCAGCGUUGCAGUUCUUGACACAAAUUGGUGCGCCUGGCACCUAUUACCAUACCCUGUUUAAAGGCACUUAAAUAUUUUAUCUUGCCUGUUCACCCUCUGAAUGGCACACGUACACAAUCCAUGUCUCAAUUGUCUCAAGGCUUAAAAAACCUUUAACCUGUCUCUUCCCCUUCAUCUACACUGAUUGAAGUGGAUUUAACAGGUGACAUCAAUAAGGGAUCAUAGCUUUUACCUGGUCAGUCUAUGUCAUGGAAAACAUUUUAUACAAUGUUUUGUAUACUCAGUGUAUAUAAAACACAGGAAAACUACAUUUUUGACUGCACUGGGCCUUUACCAAAAAUGACACACACACAAAACACAUAGUUUACGAUGUUUAGUUCAUAUGGGCAGUGUCAUUUAAGAAAGUAAGCUCAUUGAAAUGAAAAGGAACCUUCACACACUCAGGAUCAAUGUACAAUUUUACAUUUGUUAGGCAGAGCUUUCAGUCAUCAGACCUUCAUCAGAGCAAAAAGUAAGCUCAUGACAUAACUACUUUAGUAAAUGAAAGGAAGAUCCCUUCUUCAGAGGGCUAGUCUUCAGUGUGUUGUGUAUGUGUCUCCCAGACAAAGAGACGGUGCGUGAGAAGGAGAAGCUGGAGAUAGAGCUGAACGCCCUGCGCUCCACCACGGACGACCAGAGACGACACAUCGAGAUCAGAGAUCAGGCUCUCAACAACGCCCAGGCCAAAGUAGUCAAACUAGAGGAAGAGGUGAGGAUCUUACUUAGUCUAACAAGCUUUAUGUAUCAUAAUGUUCUCACUGUUGCUUCAUGAAGCUGCAUUGUUGGUUAAGGGCUUGUAAGUAAGCAUUUCACUGUAAGGUCUACACCUGUUUUAUUCGGCGCAUGUGGCAAAUAAAAUUUGAUUUGAAUAGGUGAUAUAAGAAAUGUCUUGGAUACUUGAGUUCAUCCUGGCAUGAGUUCAGUUGAUUGAGCUCGACGUAAUCUCGGUUACCCAGAAGUAAAGUUCUAUCACGAAAGUUUGUCAAUUCCUUUUUUCUUCUGGGGGGAUGUCAAUAACAAUUAUGAUUACCUUUGUGAAAAGGAAGGAAGCGAAGUCUCCUCCCUCGCAAACGGAAACUCUCGGCCAAACCCCUCCCUUCUGCUAAUUUCACCCAUGUUUAUCAUGGCCAAAAAGCAAAUGCCUGUUUUCAUGAAUUUUACGAUAGACAAUUUUGAAUUUGUGGAUGUGGAAUCUAGUGGAAACCUCUUAUCAUCCGCACACGGCUUGAAAAUCACCUUCACCCAAUCCUGAUUUGUCCAAAUAAUCAACGACGAAAACCCAAAACCAGGAACUACUGCUGCUCAUAAUCACAUAGCCUUGACAGAUUCUCGCCGUUUCAUCUGUCCACGAGAGGUUAAGUUCGAGGGUAUAUUUAUGCCCCCUGAUGGACAAGCAUAGGCAUGACUUUCUGUUGAGUGUAAAAUGGUCUAGCUAUCUUCCCUGUCUUUCUCUGGUUGUGUCACCAUGUCAUCCAUCCUAUCACCUGGUAUUGAUUACAUUAUUGGCUGAUGACAGGGUCUGGUAUGUGUUCAGUUGUCAUCCAUGGGGUUGGUUUGCACUGUUUAGAAGGUAAGAUCGAAGACUGCAAAGUGGGUUUACAUUUACUCAAAACAUAAUUUCUUGUUAACGAAGCAACUGCUACUAGUCAGAUCCAAAACAGUGAAAACUACAAACAAUCCCAAAAAUAAAGCUCCUUCCUCUUUGAAGUUGCUUCCCUCAGAAGUCAGUGUUUCUGAUAAGAUCAGUAUGUCCCACUACAGUGAGCAGAUAGCUGUCCCUGAUGACUAGAGGCUAGAUCACCCCUGCCCCUGGUCUAGCCUGCUAGAGGCCAGAGGAAUGCAAAAGGCCUCUGUGGCCUUGUGUGGGCCUGGACAGAACUCCCCUGUGGAAAACUGGAGCUGCUCCGAGCAUUGAUGCCCCUGGCUGGUUGGUUCUGUUGGUUGGCUGGUAAUGUGUCUGAAAUAGCCUGGCCACAGCCCAGAGGGCCAGUUAGCCAGGGGGCUGAGUGGAGCGGGAAACGGACCGGUAGUGUCCUAAAAAGCACAGGGCUGCUCCGCUUCUUCUGCCCGGCACCACCACAAACGCCUGCUUGUUUCCCCGAACAAAGGCUGUUGAGAUGGAGUUUUAUAUUUGCCAUGAAAGAGCUCUGAACAGGGCCAGAUUCUUUGCCUGCUCUCUCUCUCCUCUGUGUGGGAACAUUGUAUAUGCUUCUCUAUUUCUCCCUCUUUCUCUCUUUUCCUCUCUUUCUUUACAGAGAGUCUCCCUGAGCUAAAUCAGUCCAUUGAGUGGAGCCACAGUUAUAGCUCCUGCUGCAGUUCAAAGGGGCUGCAGUGCAGAGGGACUUUGAGACAUAGGCAUUGGGUACACAAUAACUGCAUUAUCUUGGAGUGGGCUGUUGGGGUUGGUCACUGGGUGGGGGUUGUUUGGAGCAGUGGCGGUCAGUGCCGUUUAUGAUGAGGGAGGACAACUUUUUUUUUUAAUGAGCAUGGCCUUAUUUCUAUUACAGCAUGUUGGAUGACUGUCAUUCAUAUUCCAUUCACCCAGUUCAAUAUAACAUCGAUAGGUUUAGGCUACUACAUGAUACUCACAUUUCCCCUAUACCAAUCAUGAGGUUGCUACAACCUAGACUAUGAAUGAAAGUUUACAACAUACUGUAGGUGCACACAGGUCGAGAGAAACAUUUGAGAUGACAGACAGUGACACAUGGAUAGACAGUGACACAUUCAAUACCGCCUUGCACGCUCUUGCCUGCAUCUAGCUUAUCUAGGGUGUAAUCAUUAGUUCAACAGUUGCAAACGAGAGUUUCUAUUGGACAAAUUCUGGUAUUUUUAUCCCCGUUUAAGAAACGUUUUUCAACAGAAUCGGCAGAAUGAAUACACCCCUGAUCAGUCAUAAACACAGUUCACUUUCAUAGCAGCCACGUUGUAUUCCUUCUCGCCUCUAUGCACUCUCCUCUCACCUUUUCCCUUCGUUUGUGGACUUAAAUGAACAACACAUCAGCUAUAUGUGACAAGUUGAAAAAACAUUUCCAAGCCAAACCAUGUCAUAACCGUUACACACAGCCUACAUCGUUGUCCCCAUAUUAGCUAAAGUAAUGUCUUAGUCAACAUAGCUAAUAUAACUAAUGCGUUAGUAAACCCGCUACAAUCAUGCAGUAAUGUUACAGUGUAUAGUCAGUAAGCGUUACACCGGCGGGCCCCGGUGGCAAUAAAUUAAUAAAACCAAAAGCUUACCUUGCUUACUUCGAAGGGUUCCAGUGUUGUUGGAUAGUCAUAGCCAGCUAGCUAACAUAGCAUCCCUCUGUUUGAGCCGGGUGUUUGAGUAACUAAACUAGCCAGCUGCAUUUUCUAGCUAAGUAAGUGAAACUGAAAGUGAAAAGAAAUGACACUCUCUCGCUUCUCCUUAAUUUUUGAAUAAAUUAAUUUGUUGAAAACUGUUCAACUAUUGUCUUUCUCUCUCUUUGACUCAACUACUCACCACAUGUUAUGCACUGCAGUGCUAGCUAGCUGUAGUUUAUGCUUUCAUUACUAGAUUAAUUCUCUGAUCCUUUGAUUGGGUGGACAACAUGUCAGUUCAUGCUGCAAGAGCUCUGAUAGGUUGGAGGACGUCCUCUGGAAGUUGUCAUAAUUACUGUGUAAGUCUAUGGAAGGAGGUGAGAACCAAGAGCCUCCUAGGUUUUGUAUUGAAGUCAAUGUACCAAGAGGAGGACGGAAGCUAGCUGUCCUCCGGCUACACCAUGGUGCUACCCUACAGAGUGGUGUUGAGGCUACUGUAGACUUUAUUGCAAAACAGUGUGUUUUAAUAAAUUAUUUGGUGACGUGAAUAUAUUUAGUAUAUUUUUAUCUAAAAUUGAUAACUUUUUCAAUGUUUUACUUUUUUUUUUUUAAAUGAAAUUCACUGAGAAGGAUGGUCCUCCCCUUCCUCCUCAGAGGAGCCUCUACUGGUUUGGAGGAAAGGGGGCAAGGGAUGAAACAAAGUCUCACCUGUUUCCCUGUCUCCUCCCUGGCCGUAUUUAACUCCUCGUCAAAUACCUAAUAUGACUGAAUAGGUGAGAGCAAUUAUAUUGUGGCGCAAAUAAGGUGAAACUAUUGCUUUCACCAACCCAGUCAGAAGGGGACAAGUCGGGCUAAAAGGGGAGCAGGUUUCUGUAAUGGAAUGCAGACCCCCUACUUCCUGUCUACUUCCUUUCUGUGCCCUGACCACAUACUGUCUGUGUUUUGUCUCUCUGCAGCUGAAGAAGAAGCAGGUGUAUGUGGAGAAGGUGGAGCGCAUGCAGCAGGCUCUGGCCCAGCUCCAGGCUGCCUGUGAGAAGAGAGAGCAGCUGGAGCACCGCUUACGCACGCGGCUGGAAAGGGAGCUGGAGUCACUGCGCAUGCAGCAGGUGAGACAUGCACAGUGUGUUAAAGACACUUGGAGACAAAGCAGUGUCUCAGCUGCAGUCAGCGUUAGCAGGGUGUCCUGACCCAGAAUUUCAGGCUCUCCCUCUCCCAGUCCCAAAAUAUUAUCUUCCAUAAAUGUCAUUGUCUCUUCCUGUGUGUCCAAGCGGAGCACCACAGAAUGUUUACCCAUUACUAGAGCGCAGCCAGGUCCUCCAGGCCAGGGGGAUGCUGGGAAUGUGGGGGAAAGGUUGCAGCUGACAGAACACCAGAGGUUCUGUCUGGGAAGGGAGAGAGAGAGGAAGAGCAGCCGUAUGUAUAUUUCAUUCAAGCCUUUGGGCAGACUGCCUGGUCAACAAAGACUACAGACAGACUUGGAGCCCUGCCUCUCUACCAGCCAGUGUUGGUAGGCAGCAAUUGUGUGUAUUUGUAAUACAAAUGCAUCAGUGCCUGUGACUGCGAGUUGAUGGCUCAAUUGGAUGGUGGUUGAGCUCUUGAAUAAUUGUGAGGUUUACCGACGACCAUACCUUCCACCCCCAUUGUCUCCCCUCCCCCAUCCAGAGACAAGGGGGCUCCCAGAGCAGCAGCAGUGGUCAGGAGUACAGUGCCACGGCCCUGAUGGAGCACCUGAGGGAGAAGGAGGAGAGAAUCCUGGCCCUGGAGGCAGACAUGACCAAGUGGGAGCAGAAAUACCUGGAGGAGAGCGUCAUGAGGCAGUUUGCCCUGGACGCCGCCGCCUCUGUCGCCACCCAGAGGGACACGUUGUCGUCGGUGAUAAGCCACUCCCCCAGCAGCAGCUAUGAGCAGCAGCUGUCAGUGGAGGCUCGUAUCCAGAAGGAGGAGGAGGAGAUCCUCAUGGCCAACCGCCGCUGUCUAGACAUGGAGAGCAGGUAAAUAGCUGUGUUUUUGAGACACAUUUUCGCAAGUCUAUUCAGAUCAACAGAUCUUCAAAAUGCCUGGAGAAGUGUUUAACCUAUACAUUUGAUAUAAUAUUAAAUGUAUUCUGUACAAACCACUGUACAGAUACUAUCCUUAUCAGCCUAACACGACCACUUACCCUACCCCCAUAACCUCAGUACAGCAAAGUAACCAUGACCCCAGUCAAACCCAGUCUAUAACUCUCAUUGUUCUCACUGAUCAUACAGAACACAAAAGAAGUCCCUACGGUACAUUUAAUGCAGUCUGCACAUUACAGGAUGUUUUACUUCCUUUUAUUUGAAUAACUGUACUCAUGUCCCGUCCCACAGGAUCAAGAACCUGCACGCCCAGAUCAUUGAGAAGGAUGCCAUGAUCAAGGUGCUCCACCAGCGUUCCAGGAAGGAUCCCAGCAAGGACCGGGACGCCCAGGCCAUCAUGCGGCCCUCCAAAUCCCUGAUGUCCAUCGCCAAUACGGGUGGCUCUGGCCUGCUCUCCCACAGCCUUGGCCUCAGCAGCUCGCCCAUCACAGAGGAGCGCAAGGACAGCAGCUGGAAGGGCAGCUUGGGUGGGAAUGCUGUUGGUUUUCAUGUUAUGUUGUGUGCUAUGUGCCACAUGACAAAGGCUAUUUAAAUUUCCCCUUCUUAUAUUUGAUGGAUACAUUUGAAUUGAGUGGGGUAGAUACUGGAACUGCAGACUUGAGGGGAGAUUUCCAAUAACACAUUAUUCCUUAUAUACCAUAUAGUGCACUACUUUUGACUAGACUCAGCCUAGGGCUCUUGUGAAAAGUAGUGCACUGUAAGGGGCAUAGGGUGUAAUUUCAGAUGCAGGGUAGAGGGACAACAGCUGGAAAUCUGGUUAGGAGGAAGAGGGCAGGGAGAGUACAGGAAGUUGAUUCACAGGCCUCUGAGAUGUGUUAGUCAGAACAUGGUGAUGGACAGACAAAUGGGUGUGGAGGGUGUCAAGGACAUGAAUGGUCAUCAGCUGUGGGUAUGGAAUGUACAGUUCAGUAGUAAUCAUCAGGCUGAAUAACAAUCUCGUGGUCUUGAAGGAGGGUGGGAAGUUAAAUAUUAUGCAAUGGUGCUGUGCUGCUGGCUCUGCUGCUGGCUCACUCAGAUUUUGAUAUUUUCAGUAUGGACUGAAUGAAUGCUGCUUAAUUGUUGUGUGUAUUAUGAAUGUACUAUGUGUUCUUAUUUACUAUCUACUUCAACUUGCUUCCAUGUGCGUUAAUACAAAAACUUGAGAGCUUGUCAUGGGUAACCCAGCACCACCAGAUGUCUUACAGGUCUCCUCUGUUCCCUCCCCUCAGGAGUUCUGUUGGGUCCAGAGUACCGUACUGACUCUCUGAGGGCAGAGUCCAUCUCGUCAUCUCCCUCCCCGGUCCUGCCCCUGACAGCGGGCCACUCUAAGACAGGCAGCAGGGACAGCUGCACCCAGACAGACAAGGGUCAGGGUCAGGAGGCUAGCAGCAAGCCCAGCACCCCAGCCCUGCAGAGCAUGACCCUGCCAAGCCGACUCUCCAGCCCCAGCCCUGUUUACAUACCAGACCGCAUCGCAGGUACAGUAGGACAGGGCAAGCUGCCAUCUUUAGGGCUAUGUUACAGUAUAUUACAUUAGAGAUUUUUUUGUGUAGUCCGCCGUGGACACAAGUAGGGCCAGGGGUUUUUCCUGACCACAGGUCCUAAUUAUAGGCUUUAAUUAUAGCCUUUAACUAGGGUCCAGAGUCAGACCCAGUUAAUAUUGAGUGUUUGCUGUCUGCAAUUUGAGAAAUAUAAACGUUGAAUUAAUCUAGACCUGACCCACGAGGAUGCCGCUGCAAUGUGGAGUGCUAACGUUGCAGAAUGGUAAACAACGCUUGUGAUUGUUAGUGUGGCCCAUCACUUCAGGCAAUAGACUGACCUGAAUCGUUUCUAGGAAAAUGAUCUAACCAAGAACAAAUAGAGUUUUGUUUAAAAUCUGUUUUGACGUGUUGCGAGACUAAUUCAAGAAAUAAUCUAGGAACUACACAUUUGUUUCAACCAUUUAAAGAAGUGGAGUUAUGAAACCAAUACAGUAGCUGGAGGGGAAGUGGAUAAGCGAGAGUGGGUCAGAUGCUCUGGAUGGGUAAUAUGGGGUCAAAUAUCCUAUCAAAUAUAGUGUGCUGGAUAUUAUUUUCUCUAAGGUAAAUCACCUAUUCCCUUUAUAGUGCACCACUUACAGUGCCUUCAGAAAGUAUUCACAUUCCUUGACUUUUUCCACAUUUUUUUGUGUUAGUCUGAAUAUUAAAUGUAUAACAUUUUUUUUUUUUUUUGUCACUGUCCUACACACAAUACCCCAUAAUGUAAAAGUGGAUUUUUUAAAACAAAUUAAUACAAAAUGAAAAGCUGAAAUGUCUUGAGUCAAUAAGUAUUCAGCCCCUUUGUUAUGGAAAGCCUAAUUAAAUUCAGGAGUAAAAAUAUGCUUAACAAGUCACAAUAAGUGUUUAACAGGAUUUUAGUGUUUAACAGGACUACCUCAUCUCUGUACCCUGCACAUACAAUUAUCUGUAAGGUCCCUCAGACGAGCAGUGAAUUUCAAACAUAGAAUCAACCACAAAGACCAGGGAGGUUUUCCAAUGCCUCACAAAGAAGGGCACCUAUUGGUAGAAGCAGACAUUCAAUAUCCCUUUGAACAUGGUGAAGUUAUUUAUUACACUUUGGAUGGUGUAUCUAUACACCCAGUCACUACAAAGAUACAGGUGUCCUUCCUAACUCAGUUGCCGGAGAAGAAGGAAACCGCUCAGGGAUUUCACCAUGAGGCCAAUGGUGACUUUAAAACAGUUAGAGUUUAAUGGCUGUGAUAGCAAAAAACUGAGGAUGGAUCAACAACAUUGUAGUUACUCCACAAUACUAACCUAGUUGACAGAGUGAAAAGGAUACAAAUAUUCCAAACAUGCAUCCUGUUUGCAACAAGGCACUAAAGUAAUACUCCCAACAAAUGUGGCAUAACAAUGUCCUGAAUACAUAGUGUUAUGUUUGGGGCAAAAAACACAAUGCAGAGUACCACUCUUCAUAUUCUCUUCAUAGUGGUCCUCUGUAGCUCAGCUGGUAGAGCACGGCGCUUGUAACGCUAAGGUAGUGGGUUCGAUCCCCGGGACCACCCAUACACAAAAAAAAAAAAAAAAAAUGUAUGCACGCAUGACUGUAAGUCGCUUUGGAUAAAAGCGUCUGCUAAAUGGCAUAUUAUUAUUAUUAUUAUUAUUAUAUUUUCAAGCAUGGUGGUGGCUGCAUCAUGUUAUGGGUAUGCUUGUAAUCGAUAAGGACUGGAGAGUUUUUCAGGAUAAAAAAGAAACAGAAUGAGGCAAAAUCCUAGAGGAAAACCUGUUUCAGUCUGCUUUCCACCAAAAGCCUGGGAGAUGAAUUCACCUUUCAGCAGUACAAUAACCUAAAACACAAGGCUAAAUCUACACUGGAGCUGCUUACAAGAAGCCAGUGAAUGUUCCUGAAUGGCCGAGUUACAGUUUUGACUUAAAUCUGCUUGAAAAUCUAUGGCAAGACCUGAAAAGGGUUGUCUAGCAAUGAUCAACAACCAAUUUGACAGAGCUUAAAGAAUUUUGAAAAGAGUAAUGGCCAAAUGUUGCACAAUCCAGGUGUGGAAAGCUCUUAGAGAUUUACAUUUUUAGUCAUUUAGCAGACGUUCUUAUCCAGAGCGAUUUACAGUUAAGUGAGUGCAUACAUUUUCAUACUGGCCCCCCGUGGGAAACGAACCCACAACCCUGGCGUUGCAAGCGACAUGCUCUACCAACUGAGCUACAGGGGUCCAGAAAGACUCACAGCUGUAAUCACUGCCAGAGGUGCUUCUGCAAAGUAUUGAAUACUUAUGUAAAUUAUAUAUUUCUGUAUUUCAUUUUCAAUAAAUGCGCUAAAUUGUCUAAAAACAUGUUUUCACUUUGUCAUUAUGGGGUAUUGUGUGUAGAUGGGUGAGGGGGAAAAAUCUGUUUAAUCCAUUUUGAAUUCAGGCUGUAACACAACAAAAUGUUGAAUAGGUCAAGGGGUAUGAACACUUUCUGAAGGCACUGUAUGUGGCUCUGGUCAAAAGUCGUGCUCUAUAUGUGGAUUGGGGACUAUGAUGAGUCUUUGUUUUGGGGGUAGACGUUCCCUUUGAUCAGUUGACUAACCUUCUCCCUGUGUGUCUGUAGAUGUGCCUGUGUUCCAUAGCAGUACCCUGGAGAGGCGCGCCCCUGUGCAGUCCCACCCCCAGCCCCCAUCAGCCUCUCAACAGGAGGUGGACAACGAC